AUCUCACUUUCUUCUUUAGAUCUCCUCUUCCCAAUACUGCCUUUUCUUGAAGUUCUACUCUCUUUGCUUUCUUUGAAUCCAAAUUCGUAUGGAGCUCAUUUUAAUAUAGGACUGAUUCUUUCUGUUGAAACCCCCCUUCUCCUUUCUUUUCUUUUCUUUUCUUUUAACGAGUUCUUGAUGUUUUGUUUGGGAUGUUCAAUUUGCAACUGUAUAUCAGAGUUAUCUUAGAGAAUCAGUUUAAAAACAAGUUUCAAAUCUUGCAAACUACGGAAAUGGCUUUCAAGAUUUGACCCGGAUGCCCAAUUGUUUUGAUGACAUCAAAUUGCAGUAAUUAAUUAGAACAGUGGAAACGGUUUCUAUUGAAAGUGCAACAUUCUGAUUUCUCCCAUGUACGAAUUGGUCGCCUUAGCUUCCAAAAUAAGCAAUAUACGUCAGUUAAGACUGUUCCAUGGGCAUCUUGUUCACAAUUCCCUCCAUUCUCAUAACUACUGGGUUUCUCUACUCCUCGUUAUUUGUAAUCGUCUUCACGCUCAUCCUGCCUAUGUGGAUUCUAUUUUUACCUCCUCGCCGUCCCCCGAUGCAUCUGUUUAUAGUUAUAUGCUCAAAUAUUACUCGCGCAUGGGUGCGCACAAUCAAGUGGUUUCCCUCUUCAAAUGUAUGCAUUCUCUAGAUCUCAGGCCUCAGCCCUUUGUUUACAUUUACUUGAUCAAGUCAGCUGGGAAGUCUGGCAAUUUGUUCCAUGCUUAUGUCCUGAAGUUGGGUCAUAUUGACGACCGAUUCAUCCGUAAUGCUAUAUUGGAUAUGUAUGUGAAAAAUGGCCAAGUCGAUCUUGCCAGGAAGCUGUUUGAGCAAAUGGCUGAAAAAACUUUAGUGGACUGGAAUUCAAUGAUUUCUGGCUGUUGGAAAUCAGGAAAUGAAACUGAAGCGGUUAUGCUGUUUAAUAUGAUGCCUGCUAGGAAUAUUAUUACAUGGACCUCCAUGGUUACUGGGUAUGCCAAGGUGGGGGACUUGGAGAGUGCUAGAAGGUAUUUUGAUGAGAUGCCAGAGAGAAGUGUAGUCUCAUGGAAUGCAAUGCAAUCAGCUUAUGCUCAAAAGGAAUGUCCAAAAGAGGCUUUGAAACUGUUCCAUCAAAUGCUGAAAGAAGGGAUCACUCCUGAUGAUACAACAUGGGCUGUUACAAUUUCAUCAUGCUCUUCCAUUGGUGAUCCUACCCUUGCUGAUUCAAUUCUAAGAAUGAUCAACCAAAAGCAUAUCGUUUUGAAUAGUUUUGUCCAGACAGCUUUACUUGACAUGCAUGCAAAAUUUGGUAACCUUGAGAUUGCUAGAAACAUCUUUGACGAAUUGGGAAGUCAGAGGAAUGAUGUUGCUUGGAAUGUCAUGAUCUCAGCUUAUACGAGGGUAGGAAAACUGUCAUUAGCUCGAGAGUUGUUUGAUAAUAUGCCAAAAAGAGAUGUUGUUUCGUGGAAUUCGAUGAUAGCUGGCUAUGCACAAAAUGGAGAGGCAGCCAUGUCAAUUGAGCUCUUUAAAGAAAUGAUUUCUUGUACGGAUAUACAGCCGGAUGAGGUUACCAUAGCUAGUGUUUUGUCUGCUUGUGGUCAUAUUGGAGCUCUAAAGUUGGGUUACUGGGUUCUAGAUAUUGUUCGAGAGAAAAACAUUAAGUUGGGGAUCUCAGGAUUCAACUCUUUGAUAUUUAUGUACUCUAAAUGUGGAAGUGUGGCAGAUGCCCAUAGGAUAUUCCAAACUAUGGAGACAAGAGAUGUUGUUUCUUUCAAUACACUGAUUUCAGGAUUUGCAGCCAAUGGUCAUGGGAAGGAAGCGAUCAAGUUAGUAUUAACAAUGGAGGAAGAAGGUAUUGAACCAGACCAUGUCACAUAUAUUGGUGUUUUGACUGCAUGUAGCCAUGCAGGGCUGCUGAAUGAAGGUAAAAAUGUCUUUAAGUCAAUUAAAGCACCUACUGUGGAUCAUUAUGCUUGUAUGGUUGAUUUAUUAGGCAGAGCAGGUGAAUUAGAUGAAGCCAAAAUGUUGAUUCAAUAUAUGCCAAUGAAACCCCAUGGUGGUGUUUAUGGCUCUUUGUUGAAUGCCAGUCGAAUUCACAAAAGAGUUGGGUUAGGAGAACUUGCUGCUAGCAAGCUCUUUGAACUUGAACCUCAAAACCCCGGAAAUUAUGUUCUACUUUCUAAUAUAUAUGCCUCGUCUGGAAGAUGGGAAGAUGUUAAAAGGGUUAGAGAGAUGAUGAGGAAGCGAGGUCUGCAGAAAUUAGUUGGGAUGAGUUGGGUGGAAUACAAGGGUCAAGUGCAUAAGUUCAUUGUGGGCGAUAGAUCACAUGAACAAUCAAAAGAUAUAUAUAAAUUGUUGGCUGAACUUGAAAGGAAGAUGAAAAGGGUUGGCUUUGUGGCUGAUAAAAGUUGUGCACUUCGAGAUGUUGAGGAGGAAGAGAAGGAAGAAAUGCUGGGAACUCACAGUGAGAAGUUGGCCAUUUGUUUUGCUCUCCUUAUAAGUGAAGUGGGGACACCAAUUAGAGUUGUAAAGAAUUUGAGAAUUUGUUUGGAUUGCCAUACUGCUAUUAAGAUGAUCUCAAAGCUAGAGGGAAGAGAGAUUGUGGUUCGUGAUAAUAAUAGGUUCCAUUGUUUUAGUGACGGGAUGUGUUCUUGUCAUGAUUACUGGUGAAUCAGCGAAGAGCAAUUUUAUGUAUAAAGUUUAUUUUCAUAAAGAGUAAUUGUAAGCCAACCUGGUCUCCUAUAGUAAUGCAUGAAGAUUACCAUACUUCUCCCCAUCCGCAAUUUUUAAUAGAAAAAUACUUGGGGCCGUUUGGCCCAAGGAUUAUCACUAUUGGGUUGGGUUAUCAUAACCCAAUCCUUGUUUAUGGGAAGAGUUAUCAUAACCCUUGUUUUAGGGUUAUCAAAACAUCUCUUUCCUCUCUCUCCUUCUUCUUAAACUUUUUUCAACUCCCCAUAAUCCUAUCUCUUCAACUCUCCCAUAAAACUACUUUUUUAAACCCUUCCCCCAAACACAUCUUAUCAUAAAACUACCUUUCUAAACACUUCUCCCAAACACAUGUUAUGAUAAAACUAGGUUUAUCAUAACACUAAUCCUCUAUAACCCAACCCUUCCCCCAAACAGCCCCUUAUUGAUUAGGUGCAAGGAUCAAUAUCAAAGAGCAUUAUCAUCUCUGUAACCUACCCUAUUAGAGCAGUAGGAGUUUUAUAUUUUUAUUUUUACUUCAGUGUUAUUUUGUACUCUAUCCAUUCACAAUUCAAUGUACCCGACCAGCUCUAUCAGUCCAUAAUAUUAAUGAUAAUAAUAAGAAUAAGAUAUUGGUCUGGGGAA